AAAAUGUGAAAAAGAAAACUUCUGGUGAGGGAUCGGUGUUCUUAAGCAAUGAGACCAUAUCAAACUUUGGGGAAGCACGCUACAGGACAGAACUAAUGAGAACGGGGAAUCAAUCACUCAAUACAGGCUUUGUGGCUGACGCUUGUCUGCUUCCAGAAACCUACACCGAAGAAACAAAGCAUCAAUAUAUGAAAUUUAUGGACGAUUGGGGAACGCACGUUGUAGUUCGAGUAUCUUUGGGAAUGAAAGAAGGCGAACACUAUGAAGAAAAUCGAUCAUCCUUCGUCAACUUUGCAGCUACAAAUGUAGGAGGUAGCAUCUCUGCUUCUGGUGCCUAUAUGGGAUUCAGUGCGUCCUUAUCGGUUGAUAUGGAAUCUUUCAACAGUGAUUUGAAUAGUGACACUCAGUUCGGCAAGGAGGCAUCAAGCUACAGGAUAGGAAGUGAGACAUUUAAUGAACCUAUAAGUAUCGAACUGAUAGCCAUGCCGGAGAUCUUUGAGUCAGACUACUGGACUGGAUUGGAUGACUAUAUAUCUGAAGGGCACUGUACUCCUUCUUUUAAUCAGACUAAAGUGAAGGAAAACAUGGAUAAGGCUUUGCUGGGGUUCGCCAAAUGGCGCGAAAUUGACAAUAGCACAAAUCCAUCCAUCAGAAUUCCUCUGACGUGGCCGGAUGGGAAGUAUGGUCUUCCUAGACCUUACAAUGGGUGCCCUUCAAGAGACUGGGAAAAGGGAUCUCGCUGGCAAGUAGGACUACCUACCAAUAAGAACAUCUUAGGCCUUACUGACACAAAUAUGUACCUUGCUGGUUGGGUUUGGGAGCAUUCAUCGAGACAAGAAUUCUGCAUAAAAACCGUUUCUGAAAUCCAAGGUUCUAGAUGGCAGUGGCAGCCUGGUUCAUACUGUAUCUACCGAUACGGUUCAAGAUGCCCACAAGGCUUCACUUCUAGUUACAUAGACUGGAAUUAUGGGGAUGGCGUACAUUUGGCCGAUGAGGGCGUGGUGCCAGCUGGAACACAGACUAAACAAGAGUUCUGCUGCCGAGCAGAUAACACCGCGACACAGGCAAUACACUUACCCACCGAUUCCAACUUUAUGCUUCUGACAGUUUUUGAUACCUGUCAACAAGUAAACGGUAUGAGUGUGAAGAAGCUGUGGCUAUACCUUGCGACUGACCAGACGACUCAACACGAGCCUCAGGACGAGGGUCCUGGCGCUCAAGUGGAUACAGAAGGAGUGACAUUAAACUUCUGCUACUACUACACUGAUCCUAAUGACAUUGUGUUCUCUCAUGAGAAAAUGACUACACAGGCUGUAGUGGAGGUAAUAAAAUUACAAAAUGCCUACUUAAACGUAGCAAUGCAGGGCUGA